AUGGUCUUUGAUCAGAACAAAGCUCUCAGCUCUUCAGACUCACCUCUCUUUCGCUGCCACAACCCCAACCCUCCCGACGGGAAGCUCAAGACGCAGAACGAGAUCGACUCCUUGCCUGCAAAAAUUGAUAGCCUUAACAGGGACCUCGAGGUUCUUAUCAAGAGCGGUGUUCUCUGCGAAAACGGCGUCGUUUUGUCGAGUAGUUAUUCAAAGAGGGAGACGAUUAGGGCGGAGACGACGAUUCUGAUCACUCGGCUCCAGAUCGGGACCACUGAGUCGAAGAACACGGUGCUCGACUCACUCCUCGGACUCUUGAAGGAAGACGAUAAGAGCGUGUUGAUCGCUGUGUCGAAAGGAGUCGUUCCGCUGCUCGUCAUCCUACUCGAUUCCACUUCUUCGCCGGAGAUUAAGGAGAAAACCAUCAUCGACGAAAAUUUCUACCGUUGA